CUGAGGCAAUUGAAUUGUCAACAGUAGGACCAGCAAAACAUUAAGUGAGAAAAGCCGACGAAUGGCCGAACUAGAAGAAAAUGAGCGGCGGAUUAUCAAUGAGUUUUGUCAACUACAGGAGAAAUCAAAACAACUUUUCAAUGGGUUAAGAGAUUUGCCCCAAUAUGGCCAUAAACAAUGGCAGGCCUAUUUUGGUCGUACAUUUGACGUCUACACCAAGUUGUGGAAGUUCCAACAGCAACACCGCCAAAUCCUAGAUGUUAAAUAUGACCUUAAAAGAUGGCAAAUAGGAGAAAUUGCCUCAAAAAUAGGACAACUGUACUAUCAUUAUUACCUUCGAACCAGUGAAACAAAUUAUUUAAAUGAAGCCUUUUCCUUCUACUCAGCCAUUAGAGCUAGAUCUUACUACUCUAGAAUUUCCAAAGAAGAUCAUCAUGGUGGCUCCAAGUCUGAUCUAGUUGUAAAAAAAUUGAGAUAUUAUGCUAGGUUCAUAGUUGUUUGUCUUUUGCUAAAAAAGAUGAAGCUAGUCAGAGAACUAGUUAGGGAACUCUCAAAAUACGUUGAUGAGUACACAAGUACGUAUGAGCCGGAUGAUCAGCUGGAGUGGAGCCUAGUUCUAGGAGAAAUCAAAUCCUUUCUAGAGGCCGACGCCAUUCUAAAUAUACUGGAUGCGGAUUCUAAUCCGAUGGUCAUUUCACACAGAUUAAGUCCACUAACCACUCCUCCGGUGGAAAAGAGCCCUGCGAUGGAUCUAACUCUUCAGGAAGUUCUUAUAAUCGGAAAUAACAACGAUCAAGUAAAAUUUAGUGAACUAACCCUUGACAUGUUCCGCAUUCUUCAAACUCUUGAAAGAGAGCCUCAAGAAGAUGCUUCAUAUCAAGCCUAUUCUCUUCCAUCACGAACACCUUCUAUGGAGUCUAACGAUCGUCCCUUGAAACGAGAGAAUCCUCAUAAAUAUCUUCUUUAUAAACCGACACUUAGUCAGCUUCUUGUGUUUCUUGCAUCGGGAUUCAAAGAGUUACCUUUAAAUGGCGCCCUAUUACUCUACAUUUCGGCAGACGGGCUAUUCCCAUCAUCGAGUUCCACCGAAGACAGAUACGACAUGGGCGGUGUUUGUACUAACAGCAAACGAGAGCCAGAUCCAAGUGGAAACAAGCGUGGAUCCCAAGGAAAAGAGCUAAACUGUUUGUAUCCUGGGGACUUAAUUCCUUUUAUGCGCAAACCGCUCUUCCUGAUUGUGGAUUCAGACAAUAGUUGGGUCUUCCAGAACGUACCGCAGCUUUUCGGACAGCCAUUGGUGAUACUCAUGUCUCCACAAGAUGUACCAUCUCAGUACCAAGACUUGCAUCCGAAAGGAGGUCUUCUAACCCUUUUCCUGCACAGUCCCUUAACGGCCAUAUGCGUUCUUGGGAAAAUCAAAGAAAUACCUUAUCACCUUUGGGAAACAGGCCAAGCAUUUGUGGAUCGAUUUCUGGCAGAAGCUAGUCGAUUGUUAACCCGCGUUAAAGGCAUUGAAUCAUCUUACUUGCCAUUCCUUGGCGAUGAUUUCCUACGGCUGUUGUUACUACGUUUCAUAUUUUGCUGUGUGGCCCUUCGCCUUCAUCGGUCCUUCAAGCAUUGGCCAGCUCUACAGCCCCGAUCUCAGCCACCUCUCCCCGAAAGCGAGCUUUUAUUGCAAAAUUCGCUAGAAAGAGCUAUGUAUACGUUAGUCGAUCAUUUGGAACUCAGUUCUAUUUUCACAGAACCCAACAGGGAGAUUCUGUAAGCUAUGAUCACAACCGAUUAAAAAAUGUAUGUCCUUGCUCGUUUCGGGGAGCCGUCGUUGUGGUUGGUUUACAUUUGACGCACAGAUUAUCAUCUUUUAAAAAAAUUAUUUCCUCGCUACGUUCUUCUGAUUGACCUCACAUCUUGGAUUGAUUUUUUCUUUUACGAAUCUUGUCAGUCUUUUUGUUCUUCAUUAAAAUACCUCUUUAAACCGCGUAUUGUCCUGCACCAGCACGUUUUUAGCACGUGAUGUUCUUUCAACAACAAACUGCAAGGACAGUCACUGGAAAAAAGAAUGUUCUAAUUUCUUGAAAGUAGAGUAGCUAUCGUAAUUGCAUAUCACACCAGAGCGUUCCAUUGUGUUGUUUUUGCCUUUCUUUGUUCUCCAUAACGCACUACGUAUGUUUCCAUCCUUCAGUGUUGAACUGGAAAACCUCUGACCAGUCAUUUGAUCUCAUCUUCUGUAACGAAACCUCAGUCAGUUUACCAGUGAUCUCAGUCGUGCUAAUGAAAAAUAAAAAAAAAGGAAGAAUGAAA